CGCCGCGAGAGCAAAGUGGAGGGGGGGGAGGCGGGAGUUCCGGGCCAGCUCUCAGGGCGGGCGGGCGCGCGCGCGCAAGGCGGCGGUAGUAGUGGUGGUGCUGGCGGUGUCGGCCGGGCCCCCUCUUCCCUUUUGCUCCAAGCUCCACCUUUCGGCUUCCUCGCACCGUCAAUCAAAACAAGUGUGGGGGGGGACCCCGGAGUGGGAGCCAGGCCGCCGCCGCCUCCUCCUCCUCCACCACCACCAGCAGAACCACCUUCGCCGCCGCCGCUUCAACCCCGCGCGCACAAUAAGCAUGUCCCCGGCGGUGGCGACAGCAGCAGCAGCAGCAGCGGCGGCUGCCUAGCCGUAGCAGCGGCAGCGGCCGCCAGCGGGGCCUGCGCGCCAGAGACCAGCGGGGUUCAAGCCAGCGCUUUUCCUUCCUUCCUCCCUUCCCUCCUCGCCUGCCAAGUCGCUCGCUCGUCCUCCCGCCAUGACCGGUACGUACGGGGCCUUGUUGUUGGGGAACCGCCGCCGCCUCGGUUGCUGCUCGUCCUCCGCCGCCGCCGCGCGUGUCUGCCUGCGAGUGUGGCUGGAGCGGCACUGGCUGAGCAGGAGGAGCAGAGCCAGGGGGAGGAGGGAGAAAAGAGGGGCAGGGGCAGCAGGGACGGCGGCAGCGGCGCGGAGGGAGGGAGGGAGGAGGAGGAGGAGGAGGGAACAGAGGGAGGGGAGCAGAGGGAAAGCAGGGCGGGCUCGCCUUGCGCGGGAGGGAGCGAGCCAGCGAGCGAGCAAGCGCCGGGGUGAUGGGGAAGGGAGGGGGCGAGCGCGCCCGCCAGUGACUCUCCUCCCCUCCCCCCUCCGACCGAUCCUUUCCGCCUCCCCCCCCCCCCACCGCCCAACUUCUCCUUCCAACACCCCCCGCACCACCAAACAACCCGGCCUAUAUUUUUUUUCCUAACCCCCCCCCUUCUCCAACUACUCCCCCCCCCCCCGCUAUGCGCGCAGCUCCGGAGAAGCCCGUGAAACAAGAGGAAAUGGCUGCCUUGGACGUGGACAGCAGCGGCGGCGGCAGCAACAGCGGCGGCGGCGGCCCCCACGGCGAAUAUCUGCAGCACGGGAACGGCGGCUCUGCAGCGGCUUCGGCCGACGCCUCGGACGAGUCGGGCACCCCGCAGGUGAGAGGCGGGAGGGCGGGUGAAGCAGCAGGCUUCGGGCCCGGAGCCCUUCUUUCCCCCUCCUCCCCACCCCCCGGCGGUGACACGUCGCGAGCGCGGGUUUCGGUGGCUGCGGCGGCGGCGCUGCUGCUGCGCGGGCGGAGGGAAGGGGACCGACGGAGACGCGCCCCGCGCUAACCCACCUCUCCCGCCGCCUGUCUCCCGCUCCCCCCCCCCCGUCACCCCACCCCAGGACACCCAGCCGUCGCCGCUGGCGCUCUUGGCGGCUACCUGCAGCAAGAUCGGGCCGCCGUCGCCGGAGGACGACGACGACGACGCUUCUCCGCCUGCCGGAGCGGUAAGUGCCCGCCCCGCCGCGCUCGCACGGCCUGCCGGAGAAGGGGGGGGGGAGAGAGAGAGGCAGAGACGCCGCAGACCGACCGCCCGCCCGGGGGGAGGGACGCGGAGAGACACCGCAGAGCACUGCCCGCCCGCCCGGGGGAGGGACGAUCGCAAGGCCGACCUGCCGGGGAGAGGGGGUCCCCGAGCUCCCCUGCCUCUCCGGGAGGAGCCGGGCGGGCGGGCGGGCGGGCGGGCUCCCUGGGGUGGGUGGGGGGAGAGAGGAGGAGGAGGAGGAGGCGGCACCGGGACAUCCCCUCGAGCCUCUGAAUGCCGCGGCGCCUCUCGUUGCAUCGUCAAACGGGGCUUGACGGGGCGGCGGCGCAGGUUUGGGGAGGUGGGGGGGGGGAAGGCAGGCAGAGAGGCGGGAAGCUUUGGUUUCUCCCGCUCACCCCUCCUCCUCCCCACCCCAAGGCAAAGGGAGGUCUAUCUGGGCUUUCCACCCCCACCCCACCUUUCAAAAAAGUGAACCAUCAUCCACCCCCCCCUUCCUGCUCCUGAAUGUCAGCUGUCACCCCGGAACCCCGCAGCAGCACAAAAUGUAGGCUGGGUUGAAGGAGAGGAGGAAGCGAGAAGACACUUUAAGGGCAAAAUGGCUGGUUGGAGGGAAGGGGGGGAAAGGAGAAAAGAAAAGGCAGCCUGUACUCCCUAGCGGAAGCGAGCUAUUUUGAACGCUGUUUCUGGGCGCAGUUAACAGUACACUGCAGAUCAGUGGGUUUUUUGUGUGUGUGUGUGUGUGUGAAAAAGGAAAGUUUUGACACUCAAACCACCACCACUUUGCUUUCUUUCCUUGUGUGUUAUCUGCCAGGUAAAUACCCUGACUAGUUUUUAGAGGUGCCUGCUAGGAAUAGGAUGUGACGGAAAACAACAUGUCAGUGCUUUGCUGUUAAAAAGGAGCAGGUUUGAAGUGUGUGGGGGGGUUAAUUGAAAUGCAAGUUUUAAGCGGUGGGAUGAUUUGGCAUUUUACGUUAACCUUUCAGAUUUGAUUCCAUGGGUUUGCCAGAAAUGGAUACUCUCUUUAAUUUUCGAACGCGUCUGUACGUGGGUGAUAUAGGGAAUUGUAUGUUCGAUGCCGAAUGAAAAUCUUCAUCUUUUCUGUGGCUUCCUGGUUGUUCUUUAGAUAGUGUUUAUGGUGUGAAUAGGAAAUGAGUAUUGCGGCGGAGGGGAAUAGAGUGAUUAGGUAGCUGUAUGUGGAUAGCAUGGGAGAACCUUCAUUAGCUUCAGUGACUGUUUGAAUUCAGUCCUUUGCAUACAAGUCCCUUUGAAUUCAGCGGGACUAUUGAGUAAACACUCGCAGUCAUACACCGUUCCAGUGUCAUCUUAGAUAACUUGAACCAGGUUAUUUGGCAUCUGAUGGUCCCUUCUUAAUUUUAAUGUAUGCUUCUGUGGCCCCUUUGAGUGCUUAUGAGCCCUGUCAAUUUCAGUGGCAUUUAAAAGCCAUGUGAGUGGAUUAAGGAAUGUAGCCUCACACAGCAGAACGAAAAGUAUUUAUUAUCUUCAUUGCACACCAGGAAGCUAAGAUGUAGUUGAAGCUAAUCACUUGUCCACAGCCUCAGUGAGUUAGUGUCAGAGCCUGGAAUAGAGCCAAAUUUUAACUUGCUCAUCUGUGUCCUUCCAAAUGUGUGACGCAAAGGAAAAAUAAUGCAGCAAUGUAGUCUCUGGUUCUCAGAGAGCCUGAAGCAAGGUUUUCACAUUCUCCAUCCUACAAUAAAUUUAUUAAAACAGGAUCUAAAUGGCACUCAGGUAACGUUAAAACACUUAUUUUGAUAAUGGUUUAGCCUUAUAAAUGGGAUGAGCUUUUAAAAGGUAAUUGGGAAUUGGCUACAGGAAAUGUGGGCAGGCAAGAAGCAGGCAUGUGAGACAGAGACAGAAAAAAAGGAGAGUGAAAAAGAGCACAAAUGAAAAAGACCUUUCCACAAAAUGUUAUGGUUCCCUGCAAAUAUUUAUAGGUUUGGAUAAAUGGUUUAAAUCAGUGGUGGGCGUCCUUUUUAUGUUGACAGCCACAUUCCCUUGGUGGUAAUUGGUUUGGUACCUUUUAUUGACCGUAUGUCAUGGCCAAAGCCAAAAAUGGGUAAGGAAUACCUCUUUUUACUCAAUAGCUCCUCUCUGAAUGGUAGUUUGGCACCAAUAGGAGCUUUUUUCUUAGCCUAAUUUCCAUCUGGGGGUAGGCAGGGCCAAAGAGGAGAGGCCUCGGAUCCAGACUAGAAUUAUGCUUCCCACCCCUUUUUCUAACCAUUUCUCUCAGUGUGCCUUUCUCCAACUAUAGCUAAUCCAGGAUGUAGCUGAUCACACAUGGCGUUCUCUUGUGCUUUCCAUAAUACUAGUAAUUCAGAGACCUCUGAUGGUAUUUCUACAUAUCAAAUAUAUAAAUAAUGGCAGUAGACGAAAAUAGUUGGAGAAGAGAAGCAUUGGCAUGAAUUUUCCUGAAAGGAAAGAGUAGAUACUUCCUUAAUGGUAUUUAAUGGAAUGUUCCUUAACGAAAUGAAUCAUUGCAAGUGAAAGUGCUAACUAAAUAGCAACAAAACGAUCUCAUCUUUGUGUCUCAUCUCUGGUAUCAAUGAAUUCUCCUGUGAAUGGGAAGGGAAUUUGCAAACACAUUCUUACACACUCAGAUAAGAAAGCAAGCCACCUACCACAAAUUUCUCAUCCACAAUGAGAUGUCGCUAAAAGUAAUUGUCAGCAUUUAUAAUAAUUGGAAAAAGGAAUUGGGUUCCCCCCAAGCUUUUUAAGAUUUAAAUUAUGCAUGUCCAACUUCUUAUCAAACUUUCCAAUGCAGCGAGGAUCAAGUCACAAUAUUUGCAUCCCCAAAUUCAGUUUACUUUAGACUUCACCCUAGUAACUUGCAAAGUUGAUUUCUGGAUUAGACUACUAUAGUCUAGCCAUACUUCAGAUAUUUAACAGGAAGUUAAAUUAUGAGAAUUGUCUUCCGGAAUUUAGAAUUUUGCCAAAGAUAUAAUGCUAAUAUUUCCUUCCCUGACUUACUGGGCCAUUUAAUUAGGACUAAUUUUGUAGAGUGUGCUUUACAGUAAAGUCUAGUUCAGGUAUCACAGCAGUUCGGCCAUUGUGAACAGGAUUUGAAAUGGUGCUCCCUCCUCAUGUGAUCACUUCUGAUUCCUAGUUAACACAUCACAAUAGUUGAAAACAAGUUAUGAUUUGAUGUGAAAGGGAAAUGUGUUGGUGCCUGCUACUCAAAAGUUCCCAUGGUAUUUCUUUCCCAGUGCUGAGUAUUCACCACAGACAAAACAAGCCAAGUCUGAUCUGUUGCAUCAUCUGAAAUUUCUUUUAUGGUUUGUUUUCCUAGAACCAAGGACAAACCUUGUUUGUUUCUAGUGGUUUAGAUGACAUGUCAGCCUAAGACUGGCUUAUCUCUGGCAUGGCAUCAGGAAUGAGAGAGUAUUGCUAUUAACUCCACUUUGUUUUAAGUGGUGGUUUAAUGUGGCAUGCGAACAAGGCCAGUUGCUGUAUCUGAAUUGGUCAAACAAUAGCAAAUUGGAAGUUUGUGCUGAAUAUAGCAAGCCCAAAUUAUUGCCCCAUUCUAAACAUUAUCUCCACGUGUGUCUCUCUGCCAGUUCUGCAAAAGAGUACAACCUUUUUGAACUUCCAGGAUCUCUACUGAUUCCCCUGGAAUUGCAUCACUACCAUCCUUCCAAAUACUGAAUUUUGUGGCCUGCAUCUAAAUAUUUGGCAGCAAUUCACACGCAUAGUGGGGGUUUCUGCAUGCUUAGGGGUUCCCUUGGCUAUUCACAACAAUACAAGGUUGUAAAUAAACCCCCCAAAACAUGGUUGGCCAUGCUGAGGGUGGUAACUCGGAGAACAGAAGCUAUAUGAAUCUGGAACAACAUAUAGCAUCUCAGAAAUGCGUAGAGAUAACGGCUGGGGAGUAUGUGCCCUAUGUCGUAAAUGUUCCUUCUGUGCUACGUGGAGACAUAGCAUUGAGUAAGGAAGAAAUGAGUCUUUCUCCAGAAACCAACUCACCUCCCGUGUUAAGAGGCUGGGGCUGACAGCCAUCCUUGUUCCUGAGUAGUACAUAACACAGCAAGAGGAGCUUUCAGAAGGUGCGUAAAUAACAGAACUGAUCACCAAACAGCACUGUUAGGUGUUCCUGACUGUAGUUCUACUUUUUUUAAAAAAUAAAUAAAUGGUGAACUUAGUGGUCCCAUUCCUAUCAGAUUGGCAGUGAAAAUGGCAACAUCCACAAACAGUGUUCUGGCUUGUGCAUAUUUGCAGGACUUUCCAGAUCUGCUGAACCAAAUGAUUUUGUACAUUUAAAGGAGGGAUGGAAACAAAACAGCCAGAUAACCAGGGCUAAAAUUGUGCUGUGGGUGUCAGCUGAAUUGGGGUGGGGGUGAUAGGAAGGAGGGGACAGAACUGGCCUGUUUGAGCUACUAACAUAUAAUAGUGUAACAACAACAACAACAAAUAUAUAUAUAUAUAUAUAUAUAUAUAUGUAUGUAUGUAUGUAUAUAUAUAUAUGUGUGUCCAGUAGCACCUUAGAGACCAACUAAGUUUGUUCUCAGUAUCUGAAGAAUAGUGCAUGCACAUGAAAGCUUAUACCGAGAACAAACUUAGUUGGUCUCUAAGGUGCUGUUGGACAAUUUUUUAAUUUUUUAAAAAUAUAUUUCGACUGCGUCAGACCAACAGGCUGCCUACCUGUAUCUAGAACAAAUAAUAAUAAAUGUAUGGGCCACGCAUCUGACUGGGUUACCCAAGCCACUCUUGGCAGCUUUCAACAAAUUAAAACACAGUAAGACAUCAAACAUAAAAAAAAAAUUAACUGGAGGAGGCAGUUGGGGACAGGGAACAUGUUCCUCAUGGCAUGUAUUUGCCAUGCAGCGUAGUUUCCCGCUCACCUAACCCUGAGCUUCAGCAGUCAGUUCAAUAGAAAAAUUGCAUUGUACUGUGGUGGUAAACUGCAGGGCUAGAUGAAAGCUGAAAGGGGAUUUCCAAAUUCAUCAUCUCGGCCCCACCUUAUUCCUUCUAAGAGAAGACUGGGUGCCCCAGGGCACCAAGUAGGGUACAGAAGAAGGAUCCAUAAAGAGACAAGGUAAGAGUUUCUACAUGCUCUGGGGAGGACUUCCCAAAAGAAAAAUGGUGAGGUGUGAAUCUUGCAGCUUCACUUCCCCCGUCUCCUAGGAUGCAAUAAGCUAAAAGGAUUUUCUUGUGUCGGGGUGGGUGGGUUAACUAAGACAAGGGGGAAAGCUCUGCGGCUUGAAGUAUCUAGAAUGAGGGAGAAAAAAGCUCAUGUGGCGAAGGGAGGGCACUUUUUGCUCGUGUUUCAAGACUUGAUGAACAUUGUGCCUCCUGCUCACUUGGCCCUGAGCGUCAGUAAUAAUGCUGUAUGAGGUUUUGCACGAGAGUAUUGCUGCUGCCUUGGAGCCUAGCUGUCUUGUGCUAUUGUACAAUCGGGAGCAGGGGAUUUCCCAAUAAUUGAUUCUCGAAAUGCCUUGCAGGAUCCCAAAUUAUAGAAGAUUUAAUACGGAUCUUACAUUGAUACAGAACUGCUUCACUGUGUAAUAAAUGCCAACAUAGGUGCAUAGCCUUUCUUGAAACCCGCGAUAAGCUUUUUGCUGUAAUGGCGUAGGCUGCCCUCCUGUUUGUUUGAAUAGAUAAUGUUCCACUGAAAAUGUAAGCAAAAGCUUGAGCGAUGGUAGCAAUAAUAACAUCAGCGAAGUUUUAGAAAUCAAUAUUAUGUUUCUGAAACUGAAUAAUCUUCAGAAGUAGGACUUGUUGAUGUUAGGGGGAAAGACAAUAUUUUUAUGAACUGGAAAUAUUAUAAGUGUACUGGUGUAGCAUUUGUAUACUAUAACUAUAAGAGUAACUAAUGUGUUUAUAUAAAUAGCUCCCUGUGCUUGUGAUCUGAAGAACACUUAACCGGGAAGUUAAGUUCUGUUUAACUUGGUGGGAUUUACGAACUUCUAAUUAAAUAUAUUCAGUAUUGAGGUUAAAUCUAAUGAUGUUUACAGCGCACUGUAAUAAUGCAAUACUUUGUACACAUCCCAAUUAUAUAGUGGCAAUAUGUAGGCAUUUUGUAGGCAUUUUAAUUACGUAUUGUCAUAAGGAGCUGUAGGUAACUUAAAUCUGACUGCUGGUAUCUCUGGUAGACUUAAGAAUCAGAAAUAUGAGUACAGGCAACAACCUAUUUACAUGUGAUCAUGCGCGUACAGCACUGAACCCGGAAUUGACCUGAAAAUAUCACUAAAACGUCCCUAAAGGGACAGAAAGGAACACUUUAUGCAGGCCCUACUGAUGCUUGCUGGGGUCCGGAACGUAACCCCUGUGCAAAAUGAGGGUUGCUUGUAGUGUAAACAUAACCCCAAGUAGGUACUGUGUAAAUGUAGUGAGUGCUUUUCAUCUCAUGUAAGACCAAUGGUUGAAUUAAUCCUUGAAAAAAAUGGGGGGGGGACUCUUAGGAGUUUUUAAAUAUUCUUAAUACAGCUGAAAUUCUUGAAUUUGGUUUGAAAAUAGUUAUUCAUGCCUUGGUGGUUAGUCUGAAAUAGAUAAAAGUUGUUUAACACCGUAGAAACAAUUUGUUUAGAAGCUGUUUAAACUAUAAAAUAUCUGGAAAUAAGUUUUCAAAACUUAAUUUCCAAAAAGAAUGGCUUCUCACUUUUCUUUUUGAAGUUAUUUUUUCUUAGCGCUCCACCGCUUAAAAAGAUGCACGAGCAAAGUCCAGUUGCACUCCAAAUUAACUGAGCUUAACAUAAAUUACUUUUAUUGGCCUGGUUCAGAUGUUUGCUUGAACAUGCUAUGGUGACUCCCAGGUUCACACACGCCUCUGUCUUCCUUCACAUGAGAAGAGGCGAAGAAUGAAAGCUUUCAGAUUCACCUUUGACCACAGCAGGGUCUGAUCUUUGAGGACUAGUUAGUUGAAAGAAAGCAAGGAUUAUUUCCAAGGAUUCAUCCUAGUUUGUUUAACUGUAGUUGGAACGAAGGACAAUUCCUUGUGUUCAGAAGUGGCAGCAAAAUGCUUUGCUGUAAGAUACCUGUCCCUGACUGACUGGUUCUUUUCCGUUAUUUUAUACUUUGACUUUUGGAAAAUAAUUCAUUAGAACGUUGAGAUUGGUAAGAGCAGGCAUAGGCAAACUCGGCCCUCCAGAUGUUUUGAGACUACAAUUCCCAUCAUCCCUGACCACUGGACCUGUUAGCUAGGGAUGAUGGGAGUUGUAGCCCCAAAACAUCUGGAGGGCCGAGUUUGCCUAUGCCUGGGUAAGAGGCAUGCGACCAGAUCCUUCGUGACAGGAAGUCCUUGGGACUUGUAUUUUUUUUUUUAAAUGAUAUUUAUUAAAGUUUCACAUGAAAAGAAUCACAUUAAUAAAAAAAAGAAUUUAAAAAGAAAAAGAAAAAUACACAAUACAGAAUACAAAAAGAAAAAACAGUUAAAAACAAUUCCAUCUUUUCAUCACUACUUUUACAUUUACUUGUUUCCCGGACCUCCUCAUACCUCCCUCUUUUGUAUUCCAAUUCAGCUUGUUUGUCCAGCAAUUCCUUUCAGGAAGUCCUUGGGACUUGUAUCUCACCUGUGUGAGAACUGAUUCGUUGUUUAUUCAUCUGCUGAAAAAUAUUGAGACAUUUCAUACUUUUAAGAUACAGUGGGUUGGCAGCCAUAUCCGAUGUUUGAUGUAGCAUUAAAGACACUUGAGAAGAUCCAAGGAGUCUUGGAAGAUGUGUGACUAGCUGGAGUGUUCUGAUAUCACAGCACUCUACAGCUUUGCUUUAUUCUGCUUAGCUAUGAUGAAACCAUUGCGUUAUGGCUGCUGCUCAGCGCAAGGAAGUGCCAUUCUGCUCCUUGGAGCGCAGGGUGUCCCUGGGAUGUUUGAAAUCUUGUAAGGAGCACGAGAGAGAGAGAGAGAGAGCGCAGAUUCCCUGUUCAAGCACAUGUCCUUUUCUUGACUUUUGUUGUCGCUGCAUGAAGUAUAAAAAAAGGACAACCUAAUAAUGUGCAGGAAGGGGCCCUUAUAAAGGAGAGGCCCGCCUUCUGACUGGGGGCUGAGAAAGAGAAGCAUACUGAAUUUAAAGAAAUAAGUAUGUGGCAGAUGGCUAAGACCAGAAAUGGUUUGUUAUUAUUUCCAGUCUUGUCCAUUGCCAAUCCUUUUCGGAAAAUGAUCUGAAAUGGAUCGUUUGUAAUGUGAACUUUAAUAGUUCAUUACAGUGGAGACUUGGGCCUUUGAAAAUUUAGCGUCGUCUGUUUUCUACGACAUCCUUUUAAACAAUUCUAUCUCACCUACUUCUCCAGUAAAAACAGAAUGAAACCCAACCUCCCUUCCUUAUUCACUGAAAUUAAUAUGAACAAUGUGCAAACUAAUUUAAGGAAUCUUAGCAGCACAAAAAUAACUGAGCCAUCAAAAAGUUCACAAUUAACCAGAGGCCUUUAAAAAAUGUCAGGUCUUCAUUCUCCUUUUGGAGCAGUGCCACAAUAGGGCUUGAUGGACCUCACUCUGCAAGGGUUUAGGGUAGGUGCCGCAACCGAAAAAAACACCCUGUCCUUCGAAGCACUUCAGUGGUUGAGCUACAGCUGCUGCUGCUUCUGAAUCUGUUCUUGGAGUACUUAGCAUUCUAAUGAAUACAGCAGCUAUUUAUUAGGAUGCUGUAGCAAUGUAACUAAGCUUUAGAUCUAUUGUGCUAAACUUGUUUGUUUUUUCCUUCGCUAUUACUUUGCCUAAGCUUUUUUGAUUUUGCAAUCAAACAGUUUGAUUGUAUUAUCUCAAACCUCCUUAACUUCUAAAGCACGCAUUGGGAAGACUAAGAAAAGCGGCUAAGAUGAUUUAAGACAUCUGAUCAGCUAGGAUCCAAGUCAGGACAACAUUCCACAAUGCCACGGGGAUACUUGGAAAAGUGUUAUGUUGUAGUCUCACUUCUGCUGUUUAAGUAGAGAAGGUUAAGUAUCUUUCAAGCCGAAAUGAUAGCACGUGGUAAAUGCUUUCUGUCUGUCACGAAUUAAUUUAGUACUCCUUUUCCAUAAUCUCCAAAAUGAAUUAUUACCACCUUCUAGUGCUGAUCAGCACAUGUUCUCCAUGAAACAUUGGGCAGAGCAAUCCUGGUGAGUGGUGUGGUUGGGUGUCUGGCAGAAAAACUGCCGCUUCCUAAGCCUUGCUGGGCUUGGGCCAGCCAGGGCACAGAAGGCGCCGCAUUUUGCUUUCUAAAAAUAGAACUACAUUUCAUCCAGAAAUGUAUAUAGUAAAUUGUAAACGUAUACAGUCGUACCUCGGAAGUCAAACGCCCUGGCUCCCGAAUGCCCAAACCCGGAAGUGAGUGUUCCGGUUUGCGAACUUUCUUUGGAACCUGAAUGUCCGACGCGGGUUCUGAUUGGCUGCAGGAGCUUCCUUGGUUUCCGAACAUUUGGAAGUCGAACGGAUUCCAUUCGACUUCCAAGGUCCGACUGUAUAGUAAAUGGUAUAUAGGUUUUCUUCUCUAAUCAACCUCUUGGAAAUGGGCAGGCCUGUGAAUCUAUAGUGUCCCUGACAUGAAUCUUCCCCAGCUCCCUAACUGCAGUCACAGUACAGCUGGCAGAGGAACAAUGGCAGCUGAGCUUUCUGCCACUGCGAGAAGGAGGCCCUCGUGGAGAGGGAAGCCCAUGGGAUGCAACGGCCCCUCAACCACUCUGCCACAGCGGAUAGAAUUGCUCCCGUAAAGCAUCUAGGAAUUAGCAGGCGUUAACAAUGUGAAAAUAAGGUUAUAUAUCAAAAUUUCAACACUUAUUGUUUCUUAUUCGAGUAUAUUUGGGUCAAUUAUAUAUAUAUAUUAGUUCUUUUUUGUGUAGCCCUUGACUCUAAAGGCUGUGUAUAGGGGCAUCCAGCUCAGUUCAAAGAGGUGGGGCUGGAGGACAGAAAAGGGGAAAUAUUGUAUGCAUGCAAAAUAUGCUUUUGACCAUGAGAACUGAAUUCUCUCUGUGUGUGUAUGUAUGUAUAUUCAUGUAACUCAUAGCAGCCAACCUGAAAUUCAUGUAUGACACAUUUACUGGAGUACGGCGGGGACUUAAAUUGUUAGAAUGGUUUUAUCAAAGAUCAGCAUAAUGAAUUAGCAUUGGAAGAUCCGGUGUCGAAAAGAUAAAAUACUUGACGUGAGUUUCUUGAUGUUCUUCAACCGUUGAUUGUCCGGUGAUUAACCUUCAGUGUACAGUGUUACCUCGCAAGACGAAUGCCUCGCAAGACGAAAAACUCGCAAGACGAAAGAGUUUUUCGUUUUUUGAGUUGCUUCGCAAGACGAAUUUCCCUAUGGAAAGACAAAAACGUCUUGCAAGUUUGUUUCCUUUUGGAUUUUCAAUGCAUUCCUAUGGGAAACCGUGCUUCGCAAGACGAAAAAACUCGCAGAACGAAUUAAUUUCGUCUUGCGAGGCACCACUGUACUAGACUAGUGUAACAGUGUGUUGAAAUGGUAGUUAAAGGCCACAGAGCUGCGUGUGUUCAGGCCUACUGAGGUAAAUUAGUUCUAAGUGCAUUUGAGUCCAGGUUGCAUGGAAGUUGUAAAUCACAUGUAUGUUUGCAAUGUAUUAAUGUACAGUUUGUAUGUAAUCUAACAUGUAAAAUCUACAUGUCUUGAUUUUCUGUUCUUUUUGCUUCUGUUCAGGCAGGGGAUUUGUCAUCUGUACAGUUAGCAGGAACUCCAAAUAGAUGGGAGGUGCUGUCUGCUACGCCAACAACUAUCAAAGAUGAAGCUGGCAAUAUAGUACAGAUCCCGGGGACCGCCACAGUAACUUCAAGUGGGCAAUAUGUUCUUCCCCUACAGAGUUUGCAGAAUCAACAGAUAUUUUCUGUUGCAUCUGGAUCGGAUUCGUCAAACGGCGCAGUGCCCAAUGUCCAGUAUCAAGUAAUACCCCAGAUUCAGACAGCUGAUGGCCAGCAGGUUCAGCUUGGUUUUGCAGCCUCUUCUGACAACGGUAGUGUAAAUCAAGAAACCGGUCAAAUUCAAAUCAUUCCUGGCUCCAAUCAAACCAUCAUUGCCUCUGGAACAUCUUCUAGUAAUAUUCAGAAUAUAUUAUCACAGACUGGCCAAGUCCAAGGGGUUACCAUUGGCAGUUCGUCUUUCCCUGGGCAAGCACAGGUAGUUGCUAAUGUUCCUCUUGGACUGCCGGGAAAUAUUGCUUUUGUUCCCAUCAAUAGUGUUGAUCUAGAUUCUCUGGGACUAAGUGGUUCUCAAACCAUGACUGCAGGCAUUAACGCCGACGGGCAUUUGAUAAGUACUUCACAGGCGAUGGAUAGUUCGGACACUUCUGAUAGGACUGCUGAACAGGUUUCUCCUGAAAUGACGGAAACCACCACCGAUACAGACUUAUUUGUGCCAACAUCUUCUUCAUCACAACUGCCUGUAACUAUAGACAGUACCAGUAUAUUGGAGCAGAAUGCAAACAGCCUGUCUACUAAUACUGGGCAAGUACACAGUUCUGAUCUUCAGGGAAAUUAUAUCCAAACAUCUGUCUCGGAAGAGACACAGGCUCAGAAUAUUCAGGUCUCCACAGCACAGCCUAUUGUGCAGCACAUACAGCUUCAGGAGUCUCAGCAAACCACCAGUCAAGCCCAAAUUGUACAAGGUAUUGCGCAGCAGACAAUCCACGGGGUGCAAGCUGGCCAAGGUAUAUCGCAACAGGCUUUGCAGAAUCUUCAGCUUCAGUUGAACCCUGGGACGUUUUUAAUCCAGGCGCAGACAGUGACCCCAUCCGGGCAGAUAACCUGGCAGACGUUUCAAGUUCAAGGAGUGCAGAACUUGCAGAACUUGCAGCUGCAAAAUGCCCCUGGCCAACAAAUAACAUUGACCCCUGUGCAGACGCUCACUCUGGGUCAAGUAGCAGCAAGCGGGGGCUUGACUUCGACUCCUGUUAGCCUAAGUACUGCUCAGUUGCCAAAUCUACAGACAGUUACAAUAAAUUCCAUAGAUUCUGGUGGCAUUCAGCUGCACUCAGGAGAAAAUGCCGACAGUCCUGCAGGUAUUUAUAUCAUUAUAACGCGUCUUUGUGAAACUAGUCCCUUUAAUGCUUUUAACAUUGAUAAACGUUCACAAUAUUUUUGGGGGUUCAUGGAAGUAUACAGGACUUUGUGCUGCUAUUUCCCCAAGAAAUACUUUUGCAACAGCUGGGAAUAGUUCACUUUCUGAAAUGUCAAGUUCUAGUUUGUCCUCCUUAAACUGGCUAUAUCACUGUCCGCGAUGUCUGAAAUUCAUUUUUCUGAACUUUAUGUUUCAAAUGAUUAUAAAUGUCAGAGAUGAGAUGCAACAUAAGCGUGAGUGUGCUUCUGCUGAUGCACCAAGGUUUCUCCAGAGGAGUGGAGGGACCCUCUAUAAGAUGUUAUGGGGGACCAAUGGGGGCUGGAGGGGGACUAAGAGAAACUGCAAGCAGUGGCGUAGCGUGGGGGGGGGGGCUGGCCGCACCGGGCGCAACAUCUGGGGGGCGCACUCGCAGCUCUCUGCCCCUACCUGGCUCACUCACUCUCUCUCACUGCAGUGCUGGCUGUGCGAAUCCGAUCCGAGCCGCUGGGUCGCCGCCCACUGUGGAGGGGGUGGGUGCCAGGCGUGCGGUGCGGAGAGAGAGCGAGGGACUAUCUGGGGGAGGGACAGUGCAGCGGCCGCCCAGCGCAGCGCUGAGCGCGGGAGAGAACCACACCAGACCAGACCAGGCAGCAGCAAGAAGAAGCUGGCAGCGGUGGCAGGUUAGGGGGCGCAAAUUACUUGCCUUGCCCCGGGUUAGGGGGCGCAAAUUACUUGCCUUGCCCCGGGUGCUGACAACCCACGCUACGCCGCUGACUGCAAGUACCAUUUUUCCCACCAGUGAAUAUAAUUGAAUGCCUCCCAUGGUUUAGUAACUUACUUUAUAAAUCUAAUUGUAUGAAGUACUUUUUUAAUAGAUCUAUAACAAUGGCAAGACAACAUGGGAUAAGGUUAGUUGUUCAUUGGCUUGUAGUACAGAGGCCAUGUUUCAAAAAACCUUGGACAAGUUUUGACGGAUAAAGAUCAAUUGGGCUAAACAAUACAAAUGAUGCUAUUUUGUAUCCAGUUUAGGAUCUGCCAUAUAACUUAGCUGCUCUACUGAUUUACGAAGCAGCUUCAGCGUGUUUUGAAAAUGAGCCUGAUAUCAGAAGAGUUGCUGAGACUCAAACUUUGCAAUACUUGUUGCUGGCUUUUACAGAACACUUAGGCCAAAACUUGUACCAGAGCCUAUAUGCAAAUUUUGAAGCAUGGGUUCAGACUGCAGUUUUUUCCGUCGGCAGUACUACAUUAAGCAAGUGCAGUGCAAAUUGUAGUGUACAUUUUGAAUCCAAAGAAUGUGCAAUAUUGCACAAGGAAGAAGGUGUUAAAUCCAGAAGGAAACACUGGUGGUUAAUGGGUUCAUUUACUGAUCAAAGGCUUGAGUUUUGGCAAAAGUACAAUUCAGUUUCUUGGUUUUCAGUACAGCGGCAAAAUAAUUUGGGUUAAGAGUGGGAGCAAAUCAAUUACUCUUGCCAGUGCCACUGACAUUCCAAUUUGAUAAGCAGAGAGACAAUUCUCUUGCAGUUGAAGAGUGGAAUCUAUUCAUUCCUCUCCAUCCAGUGAAUGUUUUUGCUAAUUGCCGUGUUUCUCAGACUUGGGUCUGAAGCUGUUGUUGGAGUACAACUCCCGUCAUCCCUGACCGCUGGUUCCGCUAGCUAGGGAUGCUGGGAGUUGUAGUCCAAAAGCAGCUGCAGACCCAAGUUUGAGAAGCCCUGUGCUAAUAGAAGGAGGGGAAUCAUUUACCAGUUCUCUUUUCCUCUUCCCUUCAGCUUCUCUGCCCUCCCCCAAAUUUGCUUUGGGGGGGAUUAGAGGAAGGUGAUUUGGAAGACUGAAGGAGAAAUUGGUAUACAGUGGUACCUCAGGUUAAAUACUUAAUUCGUUCCAGAGGUCCGUACUUAACCUGAAACUGUUCUUAACCUGAAGCACCACUUUAGCUAAUGGGGCUUCCUGCUGCCCUCGGAGCACGAAAGUUCUUAACCUGAAGCACUAUUUCUGGGUUAGCGGAGUCUGUAACCUGAAGCGUAUGUAACCUGAACCGUAUGUAACCCGAGGUACCACUGUAGUUUGCCACCCCCUUCUGUUCACUGGGGUCUCUGCUGGGUCAAAGACGCUUACUCCUUCCACGACACAAUUAGAUCCAACCCGGAGAAAUUAAUAUUGUACAAAUUCUCAGUAACCUUAUGAACUGAGUUGCACGGCUUACAUAACCCACACCCCCUUGAGAAUUCAGUUAGAGGCUGAAGAUGGUUAAAUACGAAGAAAUGAACCCCUGGUUGAUUUGUGGCUCUUGUUUUACUUCGCAUAUGUAAAUAGUAGCCAGGAUCCAAAGAGAAAGACAUGUCCAGUGGAACCCAGGCUAGAUUAGCAGCCCCUGCCCACCCCCAAUGCCAAAUGGCAAACCACUUUAGAAACUCUGCAGAAUGUUACAAAGCCAUUCAUUUAUAUAAAGAAAGUUAAAACAAGCUAACCACUGGGCAUAUUCCAGCCCUUGCAUGCACUUCAGUUAAAGCCGUUUCUUCUGAAUGCCACCUAACAGUAUAGCUAUUGGCCUGGAUAUGCACAGAUAGGUAGAAUUUGGAAUUCUCUGCAGGUGCCUAGCAAACAUAUAUUGGUAAAACACUUAGAUCAUUUACGGAUGGAAGUUCAGUGCUGAGUUAAUGUUAGAUAUCCCUUUGCCAUAUAAACCAGCUGCAGUUCCGAGGAUAGUCCAUAGUGUUUUCUUUAACAACUGUACUAGAUUUAGUAGUGUUUUAUGUCAGAGCCACCUCUUAUUUUGGAUAGUGAAAACAAAGAGCUUCAUUAAGUGGUAGUUGGGAAAUGUGGUCAUUUCUUUCCUUAUUGCAUUAACUGCUUUGAAAACGAAGUUCAAAAUAAAGAAUAAGGAUGAUCUCCCUGGUGCGAUGUAGCAGGAAACCUAAGAAAAUGCCGUGGGCACCAAACAUGCAUACACACUGCAGCGGCACAGACAUGCUCACCCUGCAACAACGCUUGCUUGCACGCCGCAUGCUCUUUGUCUCUCCCCCCCAACUCCUGGCAGUUAGAUUUGAACAAAGUAUUUUGGCUUUUUUCAGGCCUAAUGGGAAGUGAGCAACUUGCAGGACUUUGCAAACUCCAGGAAGAUGCCCCACUGCAACAAUUAGGUUUUUAUAAAGCCCACUGCAACCAAUAAAAAUGCUUACUUCAAGUGAAAUUUUUGGGAUGGGGGGGGGCUUUUUGGACAGAGGUGUGUGCAAGAGAAAGCUAGGGAAAGAAGGCUCUUUUCAAGCCUAAUUGUAUUGUGGCAUAAGGGAUGUUUUGGAGGGGAGGGGACAUCACAGGUGAGGAGCAAAAGCUUACCUGUGACUAAGCCAGGAGAUUUGAAGGGGCACAAGAAAGGCAUGCUGUGGGCACAAGGAAAGGCCUUGGUUAGUGUGCCCCCCCCCCGUGCCAUGUUGGUGUCCCCCAGCACUAGUAUAGAGACAAGAACUAAGCAAACCCAAACUUAUUAGUGGUGUAAAUAAUUUUUCUACAAAUGAAAUGUUAAUCUCUUCCCUACUCUUUGCACGUUGCUGUUUGCUUGAUUAUUGUCCUGUGUAAGUAUGCAUUCCUGGAGCAAUAGCAGGCAAUAAUAGAGCUGUUUCUGGGUGGAAAAUUGAAACAAGAACUCUAGGUAAAGGUAAAGGGACCCCUGACCAUUAGGUCCAGUCGUGGCCGACUCUGGGGAUGCAGCGCUCAUCUCGCUUUACUGGCCAAGGGAGCCGGCGUACAGCUUCUGGGUCAUGUGGCCAGCAUGACUAAGCCACUUCUGGCGAACCAGAGCAGCGCAUGGAAACGCCGUUUGCCUUCCCGCCGGAGCGGUACCUAUUUAUCUACUUGCACUUUGACGUGCUUUUGAACUGCUAGAUUGGCAGGAGCAGGGACCGAGCAACAGGAGCUCACCCCGUUGCGGGGAUUUGAACCGCCGAUUUUCUGAUCGGCAAGUCCUAGGCUCUGUGGUUUAACCCACAGCGCCACCCGCGUCCCUCUAACAAGAACUCUAAUCAGGGUAAAAACAACAAGUGGAAAGAAUUGCAAACUGUCUCAUUCUUUGAUCUAUCUUAAGAAUGAAAUGUGCACAUUGGGUUGGAUCCAGAUGUGCCCUUUCGGAAAAAAAAUCGAAGGCCUUAUUCCAGUCACAGAAGGAUCUCCAUCGAGAGUAGGCUCACACUUGAGGAAGUUGGAGGAAAUAAUUUUCAUUGAUUUCUCCUGCAGCCCUGAGCAUCACCUCCCAUGUUGCUCUGGAGAGUCCUCCAACCCUUUAGGUUGCAUGGGUGGGGGGAUAGUCAAAAAUUCUCUGUAGCAGAUCAGACUCAUUGAAAUCAAUCCUUUGAUCAAGACUGUAAUACUGUGCAGCCCCUAACACUAGCAUAAGUGGGGCACUUUUCUCCCCUUAUGCUAACAGCUCCUCCAGUAGCAACUAUGGGUGCUUCUGUGCCAGUCUUGGAUCAAACACCAUAAGCUAUUGAUGUGAAGUCUUUUUCCAGAAAUGAGCUGAGGUAACGGGCUAUCAGGAGACACUAUAUUAUUGAUAGGAGAGAGUUCUUGGCUGCCUUUAGCCAAUCAAAGGAAGCAUUAAUGUACUAAAUUGUUGGUGGUCUUGUGGUCAGCCUAGCUUAAAUCAGCCAUGAUUGUCAAGUCUUGGUUCAGCUUUACAUAACUUCCAUUGACGAGGGUAAACAUUGUCACCAACCGUAGCUUCCUUCCUUCCCAUCCUGCCCAGUUAAGGGUCAUACAAUCAUAGUUAAUUAUCUAAAGUACUUGCUCAGUUGUUGACCAAACUAACCCUGGAAAGGUAUAAAUGUUCAGUUCAAUGCUUAGAAUGCUUAAUUCAAAGCAGUAGUCACUUGCAUGGACCUAUGCAUAGGUUUCCCUGAUUUGCUAUCUGUUUCCCAGUUCUGGAUUUGGAAAUUUCUGUGAUUUAGAACCUCACAAGUAUGGAUCCUACUUCCACGGAAUAGGGACUGUUUAAAAAUAUACAGUGUUUUGUUUAAUUUCAAAUUGUCUUUAUUUUCUCAAGACAAACACAAUUCUAUCGGUUAUUGCUAUAGAUGUACCUAUAGGUCUGAACCUGCUGCACCCACCUAUUCACUAAACUCCUCUGUCUUACAUCUAUUUAGGAUUUGUAAGUGAAUACAGCCCUAAAUUUCUUAGGAGUUGCCCUCAAAUGCAGAAAGCAAAAUGUGAAGAGCCCAUUUGGCAUGGUAGGAAGUGAUUAUUAUUUGGGGGCCUGUUUUAAUUAUAAAAAAAAUAGUGCUAAAGGGCUACAAUAAUUAGUAGAGACAUAAGGCUAGGAAAAAAGGCUAUAUUCAAAGUUGGGCUUAUACGGGGCCUAGGUACUGCUGUGGCUUUGAACUAUUUCUAGGUAGUGCAUAGGCAAGAGAGCAACAUGAACAGGGAGCCCAAAAUGUGUAGCAUUGCCGGGUCCAAAUCUAAAGAGAGUACCAGUACCUUUAAGAAUAAGGUAUGGAGGGAAUCGUUUGACAGGAUCUCUGCAGCACUAUGAAAAUAAGCAACACCUAGUGAAAUUCUCCUUUCAGUUUAAUCUUUUGAAAAAUCUGAGCCUGGACAUCAUAAGGCCACGAGGUAACAGCAGUAAGGCUAAAUUUUACCAGAAGAAUUGCCUGUAAAGCAAAGGGGCGACUCAGAAGUUUGCGCAGGCUGGCCGAGCAAGAAAACAGCUUCAUAGGCACGAGGAGCGGCACUAGACUUCGCGUUGCCUGUUUCCGUCUAUGUCACUUGCAAGGUGUACCUCCUGAGAAGCACAGCUUUUACUAGUGAUUGAAAGAUCUAGCCUUUUUAUAAACAAACAAACAGACAGACAAAUAGACAGCCCAGAAGGUGAAAUAAAUGGCAAGGUUCAUAUAUGCCUCCAAGAUGCUUCCACAGUAGUUGCUGGUUUUCCCCUUGCCUCUAUAGCCCCUCCCAACAUGCUACAUUCUGUUCUGGUCCCAUGGGAAACUUCACUGCAUGCAAUACUUUGGGACCCUGGCCAAAUAAAGCAAUGAAGUUUUAAAGAAUGGCUGCUCUUAUCUCCUGGAUUUGCCUUGACCCCCCAAGGUAUAAACUGCGAAAUAAAUGAGCGUGGCCGUAGUAUGUGAUAAAUGUACAGAUGUUUGUUGUGCAAGCGGAUUUCGAGCCACACAGGAUGAGCCUCUCUUUAUACUUCCAUGGCAUCUGAAAAACCACACCUGAAACUUCAGGUCUUCCUUCUCGUUAUUUGAAUCAGCACAAACAAACAGCUGCAGUCAGAAGAUAAGUUUCAGAAGCCUGGUGUGUGCCUAGGAUUGCUAUAUUUUGGGUCCCAGCUGUUUGCCCGCACCAAUAGUGCAUCUCCAGAAUUUUCUUAAUAAUAUUUAACAAAUUGAGGAAGGAAAGUGAAUUUUUGCCUCUAGAAUAGUAUUUCUGCACCCACUUGCAUAGGAGCAAAUGGCAAUUUUACCUAAUUGCUCUAGUUUGAAACCUGCUUUAUCUAUUCCCCUGAUCAAUACUUUUAACUUUUAUUGGGCUACGGCUUAUCUGAACCACUCUUAUAUUUCAAACGAUAAAUGAAACAAGACACAUUACGUCUUUCCCUUUAUUUAUGGGGUUAUGGGGGGGGGUGGCCAUAUAUCAGUAGUUUGUACCUGGCGUUAAGGCAAAUUCAGGAGAUAGAGCAACAGUUCUUUGCUUUCUUUGGCCAUGUUCGAAAUGUGAGGAACUGUCCCACGAAGAGAAAAUCAGAAACUAGCACACUUUAGGUGCCUACAUGAGGACUUCUGUUGGCACAUCUAAGACUGCAAUUUAGUGCACCCUUCUCUGGUAGUUAAACCCCAUUGAAUAAAAUGGAACUUCCUUCUCAGUAUAUAGAAUUGCACUGCAGAAGAAACAGCCCGAGUAUCUGAUUUUUGAACCAUCUCUGGACGUUUUCAUUUCAAAACCAAACAUACAAGCAGGAAGAUUAUUAGCACUGGUUGCCUCUCUAGGUAAGAGAUUGAGGUGAACCUGUUUGCCAUAUGUUAACCAAACAAAUGCCUGUAACAAUUAUAUUAUCUCUCGCCCCUCCCCAAAAUUAUUGCUGCUAUAUUUCUUGGACUUGGUUUCUUGUCAGUUUGUAAUUUUUCUUCUUGGAAUUCCAUUUGCGGGCCAUUUGCUAGCAAAUGGUACCAUAAAUUAGCAGUACUCUUAGGAUGAUUUUUAUUUCUGAGUGCUUUUCAAACUUUUAGCAGCUUUGAGUUGCAGAAAGUAACUUACUAAGCAACUGACAUUUAAUGGCAGAGAGUGCAUUAUCAAGGAAGCUGCAUCUGAGGCUAGUGGUAAAUAUGAUUGGUAAUAGACAAAAAAUAGUCUCAUGGCUAUCUUACUAUCUUACUGCUUAUAAAUGCAAGUAAGGGGAACAGCCUGGGUUUGUCAGUGAGAUUUUAAAAAGCCUUUUGUGUUGAAAAAUCUAGGCAUUGUCACAACCGAAAACCUGCUACUGGCAUCUACAUUAUUGUUCUUCGUUAGGAGUAACAACAGCAUAACUUUCCCAUGUUUGGCUUUGUCGUGGAUUGGAUGGGCAUUGGUUCAAUCUUCACUUCUUCCCCAACUCCACGGUGCAGAGUCAUGAAAGAAGUAGAGCUCAACCCCACAGUCAUCAUUGAUAAAGCCUUAAGCUGGGGUUUAACAUCGUUCUGAAUCUUCAGUUAGCAGGGAAGAAUUGAACAGGUGCUAAACAGAAAAUACCAGGCACAAGAAGUAUAUAGGAAGCAAGGAGCAAACUUUGCAUGUAUGCAAGUUGCCCUUUCUUUUACAAGUGCGAGUGCCACAACCAUAGAGGCAGCUUUGCUUUGGCCGUAUCUUCCCAGGAAGUAGCGAUUUCAUAUUUAGCUAGCUUGGCUUCUGGCAUUUCCCUGCUCUCCCUAGCAGUGUUAGAAAUUAGCCAGGCGCCAGGAGCAUUUUGCAUCUGUCUGCCACUUGCAACCAAGUGAAGAUUCCUGGGCACCACCAACUGGAGGUGCAUGCCUGGGGGGUUCAUUGGAUCUUGGCUUGUUUUCACACACUAAUACCCCAUCCUGUAGAAUUCUAUCAGUUGUAUUUUAUCUGCACAAUUGGAAUGAAUUUCAGGAACCAAAAUGCUUUUUCUGUGCAGGAGCAGGAGCAGUGAGCGUUGUAGUUAAUUGUUGUAGCUUGUCUUCACUUCUCCCCCCCUGCCCUGCUCACAGUUGUGAAUAUUCUUACAUUAUGUAUGGUCCAUGUCACCAUUAAGAAAAAGAGAUGGGAAUAGGCCAAUAUAUAUGUGGACUGUCCCUGGAUCAAGUGACUUUUCUUCUUUAAGUUCUCAAAAUUCUUAAGCUAGCUCAAGGUUGUCAUCUGAACUAGCCAGAUGUUUAACUGAUAACCAGUCACAGUCAUUGAAAAGUAUUUGCCGUCUUGCCCAAAAAUGUUAACUAGACAUACUCUUUUGGUGACUGCAACCUUGGUUUAAGGAGCCAUUUGGCACCUAGCUUAUAUAUCUGAGUUUCUAACCCUGCUCCCUGGAACCCAGAAAUCCUUGCUGCUGCAAGUACUGGUUCAAGACGACUUCUUCAAUCUAAUUUCAGGAUAUCUGCAGUAUGUGAUUUUGCUUGCAUACGUCAGUCAAUUUGAAAUUGUGUACUUUUGAAAUGCCGUGUUGUAUAAAACAGCUGUUUGGGCAGAGACAGUCCCACUUCAGUUGUGUUCACAUCCCAUAGAUGUUGCAAAGCGCAAUUUGCAGGGUUGUUUUAAACAAGCAUUCUUGAAACUUUCGGCCUUUUUGAAUUUCCAUUCUGCUUUCAACAAAAGGCAUUUACGUGCAAAUAAUUCACAGUUUUUUUCUGAUAAUUUCAUAUUGGGUGGCUUAAUAACCUUUAUAGCAAGUCAAAUAUGGUGUGCAUAUAUAGCAUGUAUUUCCUCCCCCCGUCAGAAAGAACUUUUAAUGGUGUUGUGAAGCUUCUCCGUGUUGGUGAUCUGAAACCUGUGGCUCAUCAUCGUGACUCUUAAAUGCAGAAUGGGCAACAGGGGCGUAGAUAGCCAUAACAAUGGCAGGUAGUAAAAGCACCUGACUUUUUAACUGGCAUGCACAUAGUGCUAAGUACGUUAAAGGAUGAGAUCAUUAUGUGUUGCUUCCUUUGGUUUUUAAUAGGCCAGAUAACUAAUCCCUGUGUUUCUUCUCCUUAGAUAUCAGGAUUAAAGAAGAGGAGCCUGAUCCAGAAGAAUGGCAGCUUGGUGGUGAUUCUACACUGAAUACCAAUGAUCUGACACAUUUGAGAGUGCAGGUGGUGGACGAGGAAGGGGACCAGCCACAUCAAGAAGGGAAAAGAUUGCGAAGAGUCGCUUGCACCUGUCCUAAUUGUAAAGAAGGGGGUGGAAGGUACGCACUUCUUGACUUCCCGCGUGGUAAAUGUCUUUAAAAUAAAUGAGACAAAAGUGAGGGAGCUCAUUAAUUUCAGCACCUGUAGCUGUGGGGAAUGCAUGCUUCUGGUACUUUUCAGUGCGAGCAGACAAAUGACUGACUGAGGGGUGUGGCUUGUGUUACGAUUCUCAGUUUCAGCGGCGACAGCCCCUGCGGCUUCUGAGCCAUUGAUCCCUGUAAAUGUGUGUACCAAGAUGUUUGGAAUGCACCUCUUUACAGUUCAGCAAACUGUCCCUAUGUGUCUGCCUGUGCUGAGGAACCUUUGUGUCGGUUCGUAUUUUAACAGAGGCACCAAUCUGGGGAAGAAGAAACAGCACAUCUGUCACAUACCUGGUUGCGGGAAAGUGUACGGGAAGACAUCGCACCUGAGAGCUCACCUUCGCUGGCAUUCUGGAGAGCGUCCGUUCAUUUGUACUUGGAUGUUCUGUGGGAAAAGGUUCACCCGCAGUGAUGAGCUACAGCGGCACAGGAGGACACAUACAGGUUACCAACGUUUGGCGUCUUUACAAUUGUUUGUUUGCGCGCUCCUUUUGAGGGCGCGGAUAUCGUGGACUGGUUGGAUGCAGAGGAAUGGUGUGGAGGAACCCUUUGGGGAACCCCCAUGGCAAGACGGCUCAGAGCCCCAGGGAAUUGGUGGUGGGAUGACCAUGAGUGGUCAGAUGGAGAAGUCUGGGAGGAGGAGGUGUCAGAAGCUGGAGUGGUAACAGGGCUUAGUGAGCCGGGGGAGUCUGUGGCAGAGAGCAGUCCGGAAUCAGAGGCAGGAGCUGAAACAGGAAAGUGGGAUGAGGAAGGCCAAGAGACAUGAGUCUGGCUGGUGAAGAGGCACAGGUGCCUCCUCCUGCGGCUGUGACAAGCUCCCGUCCCUGCUAGUGCCCCAGAACCAGGAGAGGCAUGAAGAGGGCGGAGGAUAAAUUAGCGUCAUGCAAGCACCAUCUCAGAUUGCUUAGGGAAAACCCUGGAGAAGAGGGAAUUUAGGCAGCUGUGAGAAGGCAGGGACCUUCAGUCUACGCAACUGCCUCAUGGGGCAAGACCUGGCAGCCCUGUGCAGAUCCUGUUUUUCUAAUAAAGAGUUUGCUUCACUUACUCUGUGUGACUCGCACCUGUCAGCAGGGAUGGGGAGGGAGAGCAAAACACCAAUCCAGAUUAAAAUAUGGCUUGUAAGCACUGCUGCUAACAUCUGACUGCCUGUCAAAAUUUAGCCUACUGUCGCUUCCUUUUCGCAACGGUGCAUUUAAAUCAGUGCACAGUUUUCAACCCAAGAAGCAAAUCUGAGACAAGCUGAAGCUUUUGGCUACAAUGUGCCCGACGGUAUUUUGUGUGUUUUGUGUGAAUGCUUCUGACUUUUAUGUUUUCAACAGGUGAAAAGAAGUUCGUCUGCCCAGAAUGUUCAAAGCGCUUCAUGAGAAGUGACCAUCUUGCCAAACAUAUUAAAACGCAUCAAAAUAAAAAGGCUAUUCACGCUAGCAGUACAGUGCUGGCCUCGGUAGAAGCAACGCCGGAGGAUACUUUGAUUACUGCGGGCGGAACAACGCUUAUCCUUGCUAAUAUUCAACAAGGUUCUGUUUCAGGGAUAGGGACUGUUAACACUUCUGGCACCAGCAAUCAAGAUAUUCUUACCAACGCUGAAAUACCUUUACAGCUUGUUACUGUUUCUGGAAACGAGACAAUGGAAUAAAUAUUACACAAGAUACCUAUUAAUUGUGGUUAUUUUUAUACAGUAGUGAGAAGAAUAUUGUUCCUAAGUUCUUAGAUAUCUUUUUAUUGAUGUGCAAAAAUUUUUGGAUUGACAGUAACUUGGUUAUACAUGACACUGAAAUGCCUUACUUUGUAUGAUAUUCCAUAGUAUAUUAAAAUGGUAAAAUUGCAUGGGUUUUGUAGGUACUUUUGGAAUCUAGAAGAGAUUAAAUUUUACCAACUUGUAUAAAAAAAAAAUUUAACGAUGGAAAUGGUAGUCUAAUCAAAUGCAUCAAUCCUUUGUGGUUUAGUGUAAAAAUGAGAACAUGUUGGUAUUUAUCUAUUGUAAGAUAAAAGUUGAUUGGUGAAAGAAAUCAUGUUAUGAUAAAGAAAGAAAUUUUGUAAUUUUCUUGAUGACUGGAAUUUUUAUUAUGCAUAACUGACAAAUCAAGUUUCCAAGCAAAUGUUUCAUUGUAUAGGCUUUACUUAGCUCAUCAAGUUGUCAUUUUGAAGCUAAUUAUUUUAAUUAGGUUAACUAUGUACAAUAUUUUAAGCAUAACUCUCGUAAGAUUUUGAGAAGUACAUUUUAACAUGGAACUCUAGGGAUAGUUACCUUUUAAAUCCUGUUGAAAAGCCAUGUUUAAAGGUUUAAUUUUGCCAAAAUAAUGUAUUGUUAAUAUUCUUUCAGUAACUAAUUUGGACAAUAUAACCAAUAUUUAAAAUUAUUCAAAGGCUUAAAAGAAAAUAGGUUGCAGCAUUUUGGGUGGUGAAGCAAAAAUUAAAGGUGCCCUUUUCUUGAAUAUUGGAGGACCAAAAACUAAGGGGUGUCCGUUUCAACAUUGGUUUUUAUCUAAUCUUGUCUCUAAAAAAAUCUGUCUGCCAGGGCCUUAAAAGCCAUCAUGUAAAUUUCCAGUUAAAAAACAAACAUAUGCAAAUAAUAGAAAUCAGUCCUACAGGGACAGUACUCCAAACUAUAUUAAUAUUAGUCAAUAGUGAAAUAAGGGUUUUUACAACGCUUUCUUCUGCCAAGCUUUUGGUUAGCUCUACAUUUAAAUGUCCACAUCUUUCCUUUAUGCUUCUUCCUUAAAUUGUAUGUAUCCAGUACAUUUAAGUGAUAAACAUAUAUGUUUUUUAUUACGCUGAAUUCUUUUUUAUUUUUUAAUUACUGUUUAUAUUUUCAAUAAUAGAAAAAAAAAAUGUACACAACAUAAUUUGCAUAGCCAGUCUGUAAGUGCGCUACCCAUUUUACAAGGAAAAGGAAAAGAACAAUAAUUAACACCUGUUCACUAUUUACAAACAUUUGGGAAUCUGUUUAUUUGUUCAAACCACCUCAAAUUUAAAGGCUACCUUAUUGUACGUUUAAAAUGUAUUAUAACAGUGUGGUAGUUAAUAAAACACUAUUUUUUUUUCCUUUUGA